AUGCCCGGCUUCCCUCCGUCCAUCGGACUGAUCCACCUGGUCUGCAUCGGCGGACAUGGAAUGUCGGGAAUCGCCUUGAUUCUCCACCAGCUCGGCUACCAAGUGCAAGGAAGCGACAUUAAAGAGAGUGACAAUACAAGAAGACUGCGGGCCGCCGGUGUCACAGUGUUCAUUGGCCAUGACGCUACUCUUGUCGGCUCUGCCAAAUUGGUUGUUGCAUCAGGGCAGGCUUUGGCGAUCAAAUGGCGGACCAAAGAGAACAUCGAAGUCGAAGCCGCGAGGGCGAAUGGAAUCCCGGUCAUCCACAGGGCCAAAAUGCUGGCUGAGCUUAUGCGCAACAAAAAGACCAUUGCGGUUGGGGGCAGCCACGGCAAAAGCACCACGACAAGCAUGGUGGCAGCAAUCCUAGACGCCGCCAAAUACAAUCCGACCGUGAUCACUGGUGCUGUAAUGGGUCUGGAUGAUAGCAACGCCAAGCUUGGCACCGGAGAAUGGAUGGUGGUAGAAACAGACGAGAGUGAUGGCUCGUUCCUGGAAUUACCCCAUCUAGUCAGUGUUGUGACCAACAUCGACAGUGACCAUAUCAACUUUUGGAAAGACGAGAGACAUACAAGAGAAUUCUUUUCGAAGUUUGUGUGCAAUGCCCCCUUCUAUGGACUCGGUGUUCUCUGUAUCGACGACCCCGGCGUGAGGCAGAUCGUGUCCUCGGUACAGGAUCGCAAUAUUGUGACAUAUGGAAUUUCCGAAGAGGCCGACAUUCGCGCAGAGGACAUCACAUACUCAACCAAUGGAUGCUCAUUCAUCGUCUCAGUACGUGCCCCACAAAGUGAGUGCCGGACGAACUUGGGUCGCACCACUGUCAAUGCCCUUGGAUUGGCGAACGUUCAAAAUGCACUAGCAGCCAUUGCUAUUUGCAUUGAGAUUGGGAUUAAUGCGCAAUCAUGGAAUCAGGCACUCAGUACCUUCCCCGGCCUGCAGCAGCGGUUUGAGCGCAUCGGGGCUUUCAAUGGAAUCACUAUCAUCAACGACCACGCAAGCCAUACUGCUGAGAUACGAGCAGCACUCGGUAUGGCAAAGCAGGCAGGGGCGAACAGAAUCAUUGCCGUCCAUCAGGCAUCCAGUCGGGCCUCGAUGGCGGAAGAUUGGGUGGCCGAUGGAUAUGCGAGUGCUUUUAAUGAGAUAGCACAUGUCAUCGUCGGGCGAGCCGAAGGCACAGAUGAGAGGCAGGCUGCGGGAGCCCAGAGGAUACUGGCUGAAUCGCUUCGCGAUCACGGUCAUCCAGGAGUGACUGUAAUGCAUGAUUCAAUUCAUCUGCCUGCCCUUGUGCAUUCUGUUGCAAAGGAACGUGACUUUGUGGUUUGCAUGGGUUACAUGGGAUCAGAUGGGUGGUCAAGAGCCUUGAUAGGGGAACUGAAGAAGUUGAGCACCUCAUGA